AUGAUCUUUGGGCUCGGGUUGCCAUGGGUCCCCGAAACGAAAGAUCAGGCCCGUUCGACACUUCGCUGGCUUCGCGAGGGUAGCUUUGAUGAUGACGAGAUUGAACAUGAAUUCUCCGCCAUCAUCAAGAACGUCGACGAGUAUCACCAAUCCGGCGGUAACUGGCUUUCUUUGUUCCGCAAAAAGCCACUAUUUGCCCGUCUAUGGCGAGCUACCUUGCUACAGUUCAUGGCUUCAAGUUGUGGUGCCACUGCCAUCAAAUACUUCCUCCCAUGGCUUCUGGAACAACAUGGCAUAUCCUCCCACACGACGUUGCUGAUCAGCGCCAUCGAAUCCACGGUCAAAAUAGGCUUUACUGUUCUCGAAAUGUUCAUCAUUGAUCGUUUUGGACGGAGAAAAUGCCUCGUCGUUGGUUGUGUCAUCAUGGCCUUCUCUUUGCUAAUCAAUGGAGCCGUGCCUCUGUUAGACCCUCAUCGUAAAAGUCCGGCUACAGACGUCAUUUGCGUGGCCUUCAUCUUUGUAUAUGUCAUUGGCUUCUCAUUGGGAUUUGGACCAACCGCAUGGGUCUACAAUACAGAGAUCUUUCCCACCUCGGUACGAGCCCGCGGAUUGAACUUCGCUUCCGCUGGUGCUGCUGUCGGUUCUUCUAUCGUUACCAUGGUGUGGUCUGCCGGUAUCGGAUAUAUGGGCAGUAAUAUUUAUUUCAUUUUCAUGGCCGUGAACAUCAUUUGCAUUCCGGCCAUAUACGCCUUCUUUCCCGAAACCAAGGGCCGGGAGCUGGAGGACAUGGACGCACUCUUCGGCGCUAUUGAAACUCGACGUAGCGAUUUCGAUAGUAGGAUGAACCUUUCCUUCUUCCGCGAGACUGGAAUUUCUAAUCCAUCGUUAGGCCUUUCUGAACACCUCCUGCAAGAUGAUUCGCCUUUUCGGGACUCUAUAGAAUCGGCACCCGAAACGAACAGAAACCAGGGCCAUGAACCAAGCAUUAUUCAGUGA